AUGAAGAGCUGUAAAGUUUGCUGGAGUUUGGAGGAGUUUGUCAGAUGGGUGAAAACCGCAGCAGCUGUUCAGGACGUCAGGACACAUGAUGGUGAUGGUGAAACCCAGACCGUGAGCCAAGAGCUUGAUGGAUUUCUCGCACCUCUGCCUUCCCUGUUGGCCAAAUCUGUGUCCACAGAUCAGGGUAACAGGAAGAGGAAGCGGCAGAGCGGCAGCCAGCAAACACCAGAAGAUGAACGUCCGUCCACCUCAUCUAGAAGAUUUUCUCUACUGCUGCAUGUUUUCUUUGAACACACAUUUCUACUGCUCCUCUGUGUUGCAGACGCGUAUGCAAAGGGCCCACUGCUGGGAGACGGUGGAUUUGGCUCUGUGUUUGCUGGGAUGCGCAGGUCUGAUGGACUGCCAGUCGCCAUCAAGUAUGUGUCUAAAGAGCGGACACAGAGGAGACUGAGAGUUGAAGGUCAGGGUCGGCUGCCGCUGGAGGUGGCACUGAUGACCCGCGUCAAUUCAGCUCCUGCCUGCCCCAACGUCCUGCAGCUGCUAGACUGGUUUGACCGUCCCAGACGCUACAUCCUGAUCCUGGAGCGUCCGGAUCCCUGCCAAGACCUCCAGAGCUUCUGUGAGGAGAACGGCUGUCUGGAUGAGGGUCUGGCCAAGAAAGUGCUGGUGCAGCUGAUCGCGGCUCUGAAACACUGCGAGAGCCGCGGAGUCCUGCACCGGGACGUCAAGCCAGAGAACCUGCUGAUCUCCACAGAGUCCCAGGACAUCAAGCUGCUGGACUUCGGCUGUGGAGAUCUGCUCAAGCGCUCGGCCUACAAAUACUUCGCAGGAACUAUUCAAUACGCUCCACCUGAGUGGUUCUGCAGACAGCGCUACCAUGCGGGUCCAGCUACGGUGUGGUCAGUAGGAGUGACCCUCUUCAACAUCCUGUGCAACCGUUUCCCCUUCGGAGGCUCACUGAGGGUCACGUCCAGGAGCAAACUGACCUUCCCCAUAACUCUGUCAACAGAGGCAGUAGACGCAGAUGGAGAAGAGGAGAACACACACCGAACACACACUGAACAGCAGAUUCCAGCAGAAAACACACUCUGAUGCAGGUUUGCUGGAGUUUGGAGGAGUUUGUCAGAUGGGUGAAAACCGCAGCCGCUCCAGAUCCAGGAGUUCUGCUUUCAUCCAGGCAGCUGUUCAGGACGUCAGGACACAUGAUGGUGAUGGUGAAACCCAGACCGUG